AUGCAGCAGCGGGCCUUGCACCAGUGCACGCAGCUGCUGUUACUACUGCAAGGGGUACAGCACAUCGCCGCUGCAGGCCCCACUGCGGUACGGUGCUACAAUGAUAGAGGCGGGCUGCCGGUGGUGCGGAGGCCCCGGUGGUGUGCGUCACUCGUGCGGGAGGACGGCGUGCUGUGGGAGUGUCGUCGCUUUGCGUCGGUGAUUACCCGGAGGCGGAGCCGACCGAAGUCCUCAUGUACCCCUCCAGCUGCAGCCGAGGCCGCGGCCACACGGCAGCCAAAGCAACACGAAGAAAAGAAGCAGCACCCACUCGUGCCGUCGUCGCCGGUACGCCCGAUGAUGGUACGGAGGCCACCGCCGGCGACGGCCAGCGAAGGGGUUACCGAUGCGUCAGCUUCAUUGCAAAUGAAGACCGGCUCCACUGUCACCGCGACGAAUGUGGCUGCGACGCCGCAGAAGGGGGCGCCAGAUGCAACAGCCUUUGGUCUGAACCGAAGGAGUUCUUCGCAUACUGUUUCGGCAUCUUCUGCACCCGCAAAGGGCGGGGUUAGCAAUGCCGCUGCUGCGGAAAUUGGUUUUCUCCUUGAUAUUGAGUCCCCUCUGAAUCUUCGCCUUGCGACGCUCAUGCAGCAGCCGGGAAAGGCGUUCCGGGCCUUCGCGGUGACGUUUUCCACGAAGCGAGACAUCAACUUCGCCAUUGUGUUUGAAGACAUUGUCUCAGGGGCCAAGCUGCAGUGUCGGAUGGAUGAAGUACGGACGGUUUAUAUGCCGUGGGUGCGUCAAUUUCGCGCCUCGUGGGUGGUGCUAUUCGUGCCAACGCUAUCGACAGCCAACACGGUGCUGUUGGAAAAUGCCGUGCUGUACAACGCCACGGGUCGCGCGGAUGCCUCGGAGGCGGGCGGGGAAAAGGAGUUUGAGGAGCCGGAUCACGUCUUAAUGUCCUACAGCAAACUCAGAGAGACUUUGUGCAAGACAAAGCGAGACGAACACGUAAAGAUGGAGUUGCUCACUAACACCAUUCUUAACGCGCACGCGGAACAAUGGCGGAGCUUUAUCCAUUCCCCGGGUUCCUGCUCGCCCAUGGAGAUUGUGACAGCUGCCUUUGAGUUCCGGGCCCAGCCUGGUCAGCCACCACUUAACAAACAACUCCUUCACGCGCAGUUGUCAGCGGCAGCCACGGCGUUGCAGCAGCCUGCCAAGCGUGGGGUUUUGUCCUCCUCGUCAGCAGCGUCACGUGGGUCGAGUAACAGUACUUCGCGGAAGAAGGAGUCUUGGAUGCUUCUCUUUGUGUCCGCACCGCUGGUGAGUGCAUCCGGGGCAGGAGGCGUGGUGCCGCCCAUGCAGGACCUCGUGACAGGUGAGUUUGUGGAGCCGCUACUUUUAGGGGAGAAGAGUAUCAUUUACAUUAUUGGCUCCGGCACUGCAGCGGAGUCGUUUGCGCAAUUUCCACUUAUGCGAAAGGGCAAACAAAAGAUUUCAAUUCUUCUGCAGGACAUAGAGAAUCAACUUGGGUUGCGACGGCCAAACCGGCCGACGCUUACAACGACACUGAUUCAGGCGCUGGAUCUCUUCUCGCGGUAUACCUGGAUGGGACUGAUGCGGACGGAGGACGGGUCACUUCGGACGCCGCGGGCGACACGGAGCUUCACACCACUGCACCGACGCUCCGUUACCUGUGAAAUUGUGCCCACUUUUUUGGAGUCUGCACUCGGGCAUGUCUCACGCAACUUAGUGGCUGGCGGCGGCACCCUGGGCGUUGCCGCGGGGGGAACAGGCGGUGGGGCUGUGGCGCAUGACAAGGUGAACCGGCGCCUGGAGGAGCAUAUCAAGACCAUCUUUAACAGCAAUGAGCGACUGGCGCUAGAGAAGGAGUGGCGCGCGAAGCUGCGCGGCUUUAGAUGUUUCUUUAUGGAGGUGAGGUCUGCGAAUGUGACGGCGGCUCGCCGUGCUGACAAUCCCUUCUCUGCUCGAAAUGGGAUUGUGGAGUUUUACGGGCAGCUGUGGCGCUCGCUUGACGAGGAAGCGGCAAACCCACCGCCGGUGGAGACGCUCGCGGCGCGGCUGGCAGCCAACGGUGAUGUGAAGGCGUUUGUGGAGCCCGAGCGUUGUGUGCCCGCUGACCUUCCAACCGGCCGCUGGCAGGAUGGAAGGGAUGAGCCACUCGCCGCCAACGUCAUCCUUGUGGCGUGGGACGUGAAGCGGGCGCUGCUGUUUCUGCGUGGGAGCGGGAGGCUGCAGCGUUUCCUGCACAACGGGGGUCGAAUCUGGUGUGCCCAGUACGCUCAGUACCUGUUGAAGGGGUUUAACCACGACAAUCUGGCCACUAUGGACCGAACCCUGCUGCACUACCACAUUGGACAAGGCAAGCUGCACCCGCUGGAGAAGCUCCGAAUUAUUUUUGAGCGACAACUUGACAUUGCAGUGGGCACACGCCAGUUGAUCUCCAUUUUGCACCGCAUGGAUGGCCUCUUGGCCGCCACGGAGAUGGAGCUUCGUGGUUUACAGAUCUCCCCACAACACGACGUGACGCAGUUUUCACAGCAUUUAAAAAUGUCGCAUGAAAAGCUGGAGCGGCUUGUGAAUGAUAAAAUUUUGGCAUUUACCAAGGGCAUGGAGGAGGAGGUGCGAAAACGGAUAAACUUUCGCUCCCCGCAGGACAUUAGCACAAUCAUCUACGGUGGGGCGCUUUGUCGUUAUCUGGGGGCUAGGUAUGUGCCGGUGCAGACAGCGCGAAUUCCUGUGACAGCACUUUUUCCACACGCCGUUUGCCGUGUGACAGCAACACCAAUUCCAGUGGCGUAUACGCAGCCUGAAAGCCUGUUAGCGUUCAAGGGGUCCAGCACUAACAGCGAGAAGCAUAGAGGCAAGGUAAGUGUCACGGAGAGUAUGGUGCGAACAGCAUUGGAGACUAUCGACAAGUACACUACACGUAACACAUUGAAAAUUUAUUGCACUGCACUGCCGUGGUGGUGGUCACGUGUAAAGUGCGUCCUGGCAACUUUCUUGAGCUGGUGUGUUUGCAUUGCCCAAGCACAAAUCCCAGCGAUGAGUUGA